AUGGGCAUUGUUUCAACGGCUGGUCGAUCGGUUUACAUGUACCAACGGCUGCUUAAACAAAAGCAGUAGGUCUGAACAUCUCAAAGAAUAACUGAAGUGUAAAAAAAAAUCACACCGAAGGUUCAUUUUGCACCAUGUAGGAUGGACACCUGUUAACGACACCUGUUACCACCUUAGGCAAGUGUAGCAGCUGGGAUGGAAGUCCGCUGUGGAGGUCUGCUCUUCACCUCCAAAUUUGACUCAGGAAACCUCGCCCGUGUGGAGCGAUGUUCUCGUGAUGACUCUGAUGAGGGCGGGGGCCCGGGGACCAGCCCGCUCACCCCCGACUUCGAGUUCAACGUGUGGACCAAGCCUGAUGCCGCAGGAACACCCCAUGAAAACGGCAACAGGUCUUGGUUCCACUUUGGGGUCAGAGGUUACCCACCAGGAAAGUUGAUCAAAAUCAACAUCAUGAACAUGAACAAGCAGGGGAAACUGUACAGUCAGGGGAUGACUCCCCUCUAUAAAACCAUCCCACAUCAGCCCAAGUGGCAAAGGAUAAGGGACAAACCCACAUACGAGACUGAUAAUGGCAACUUCAUCCUGUCCUUUAUGCACCGGUUUGCUGAGUCUCGAGGAGGAACCACGUACUUCACAUUCUGCUACCCCUGGUCUUAUACCGAGUGCCAAGAAAGACUGGCUCAACUUGAUGAAAAGUUUGCAGCCUGUAAAGACCUGGAUCCCAAAAGUACCCCAGACUGUAUCUACUACAAACGUGAGCUGGUCACCCUCUCCAUAGACAAGAACCGUAUUGAUCUCAUCACCAUCACGUCCUGCCACGGCAUGCAGGAGGAGCGGGAGCCACGGCUGGACAAACUCUUCCCAGAGAAGGAGGAGCCACGCCCACACAAGUUCAAGGGCAAGAGGGUGUUUUUCCUGAGUAGCCGGGUGCACCCAGGGGAAACUCCCUCCAGCUUUGUCUUUAACGGCUUCCUGGACUUCAUCCUCCGUGAAGAAGACCCCAGGGCACGACAGCUGCGCAAGCAGUACGUCUUCAAACUCAUCCCCCUGCUGAACCCAGACGGAGUGGCUCGAGGACACUACAGGACGGACCAACGUGGUGUGAAUCUGAACCGGAUGUAUCUCAGUCCUGACCCUGUCCUACACCCCUCUGUGUUUGCUGCUAAGUCUGUCCUUAUCUACCACCAUGUCCACAACCGUGUCGUCCAGCCCACCAGUCCUACAACAAACUCUCCCAAACACGAAAACUCCAGACUCCAGCCAAGUCCAGCCCAAGCCAAAGACAACAACAGUGCCAACGAUAGAAGGACUCAAAAUGGGACCAAUGAAACCAGCACCAGUGACAAGGAGAACCUGGAUGAAAACAGACCAUCUGUAGGGGAGUCUGAGGAGAUCAGUCCAGAGACAUCCGGUGAAAAUCUGUGUGAUCAGACUCGCAAGUUAAGUAUAGCUGACCAGGAGUCUCAAUGUAGUAGUCCUGAACACGACAUGAAAGACAGUGGGUCCGUACAGCAAAGUUCCUCAGACAGCAGCAUGUGGACGAGCGACAGUUCCACCAGUAUUAGCGUGACAGAAAAGGACUUGGAGUAUUACCGCUCCAUCCCGCACAACGAGAGUGGAGUCGCCUUUUAUGUGGACCUCCACGGUCAUGCAUCAAAGCGAGGUUGCUUCAUGUACGGGAACCACUUUGACAAUGACUUGGAGGCAGUGGAAUGUAUGCUGUUCCCCAAGUUGAUCUCGCUCAAUAGCGCACAUUUUGACUUUCCAGGGUGCAAUUUUACAGAGAAGAACAUGUACACCAAAGACAAGAGAGAUGGCAUGUCAAAGGAGGGAAGUGGCAGGGUGGCCAUGUAUAAAACAAUAGGCAUCAUACACAGCUACACACUUGAGUGUAACUAUAACAUGGGCCGAAUGACCAACUGUAUUGCCGCGGCAACCAUGGACAAUGGGCGUGCCACACCUCCCCCCAUGGCUGGCUUCCCUCCUAAAUACACGCCUGAACACUUUGAAGAGGUGGGGAGAGCCAUGGCCAUCGCAGCCCUGGAUAUCACUGACACAAACCCCUGGUCUCGUAUCGCUCACUCUGAGCACACCUGUGUCUACAACCUCCGCCAAUGGAUGCACCGCUAUGUUCGCAGCCUACGUGGUGCUCCCCCCAUGCCACGUAGGAUGGCCCGCGUCACCUCGAAGACAUCGAGCAUGAUUGCCUCAGCGACAGGACAUCCCCCCUCCACCACCCUGACCCGUCAGCUCUCCAACAGUGACAGCAGCAGUGUUGGAGGCAGCCCCAUCCGCGUCCCUAACCAGCCCGCAGCACGCAACCAGGCCCCCAACACCAGUAGGAACCCUCCCCAACCCCCCAUCAGGAGGAACCCCCCAGGGCCCAGCAAACCCCUCGCUCCUGUUAAAGUCCCUCCCCACCCACCUGUUAAGUGCCUUCCCAUGAAGCCUGUUACCAUGUACCACCAGCCGUCCAGCAUGUGUAUCAAUAUACUGACAGACCCAUUACCAGUGGUCAGGUUACGAUACACCAAGACAGAACGCCUCCGACGUCAGCGCACAAUGGCCAUAACGGGAAACGUCCCGAGCUCUACCUCCGCAACAACAGCCAGCAUCAGCCCAACCUCCCGCUCACCCACCAACCCAGUCACCCUCACCCUUACAACCUCUCCCACCGUGCCCACAACAAACAUACUCUCCACUCCCGCCAGCUCUGCAACACAUCACGUGCACAUAGGGAAGGCCUCCAAUGCCGUCACACAUUACAUUCACAUCGGAAGCAGCAGUGCAGGUCAUAACACAAGUGCACCACAGCAGACCACGGUUGCUCUGGACCCCUCUACGAUGUCUAACGUGUACAAAAUAUCAGCAGGCGGGUUCUCCCCACGAGGGGCAACUCCACAGUACGUGACAACAAUGACGUCUUCAAUCUUACCCAUCAGUGUUGUGAACCCAUCAGUAAUGUACGGACCCAUGCAGCUGACAAGUAUAUCAAAAGGUACUAUGCAAGGCUCUGUUCGAAGACGGGAAAGCUGCAACAGUGCAGAGAGGAGGAAGCUGGGCCAGCUGAAGUAUUCCCACUCCCUAGACAGCUCCCUGCUGGAUGAGCAGCUUCUCCAUCUCAGCCAGUCUUCCCCUCAACCCACACAAACCAGUCCCACCUCCAUUCUGGGGACUGGUACGACGGCCAUGGUGGCACCUCCCCUCACGUCGGCCAACCGUACCAUCAGCCGUGCAGACUCCAGAAUCACCCUCAACAUGCCCACUGCGACCCCUUCCUUCCAGCCUGUUGAGAACAGGUCACCAACAGAACCUGUCAACAAACCACCACUUCCCUCCCAACAGGACCAACAGGCACAGGGUAAUUCUCCAUUCAAGAGACAAGCUGGUCGGCCCGUGAGGAGCGGGAAGAACCGCAGCACGUCACACAGUCCGUCUGGGAACAAGGGGCGCAGGAACGCCAGCGGCUCGGACAGCGACAUGGAGAGGAAGAGACCAAAACGCAGGGGCAAACUCCUCAGGAGGAAAGCAAGAGGGAAGGGCAUGUCUGAUGCUCCAGUGCAGGUGGACCCAGCUUCCAUUCCAGUAGAGGGCGCUGCUGUACACCUGCUGCCACAGCAGGACAAGCUGUCGCCACGAGGUCCUGUUGAUGGAGGUGACAGUCCACUUGGUGGUGGGAGGGCAGGCAGAGACCAGAAUGUUGUAUCAUGCGAGGUCGUCGAUCUCAACUCCAUCAAAGGCCCAUCCAGAGGGAAGGGGAAUGCCUACUGGAUCGACUUCUGAUGUCCUGUCAGUUGUGGACACCCCCUCGCCUGUACCAGCCUUGGAUAUUGAUGAUGGUGCUUCAGUUUCUCCAGUGUUUCAAAAGAGACCAGCUCUUCAGGGGGAGGUUUCCAGUCUGAUGAAACAGCAUCCAGUGAAUCCGCCCAUUAGUCCUCAUGGAGAGGAAUGAUCUUACAUUUUACAGUAGUAAGGCCUUGGGGAAAAAAUGUUGCGUUUCUGCUUUCUCAGUCGACCCUAGCAAAAACCAACCGACCCUAGCCUUUUGAGGAGGUUAACAGCUUGGAAGGCCAUGAAAAUUUUGAUCUGACAUCUAAUUCUGUCAAAGCCUCUGAAAAGUUGCCGAUAUUUCAUGCCAUUUCAGAAGCAAAUUUUUAUACUUGAGAGAAUUUGGUCCUACUUUUUUUCAGGACUGAAAUCGGAAAUACGGUCAAUAUUUUUUCCCUUGGGCUUAGUGUUAUUAAAGAUCACAAGCCUGAGAGUACUUUCUGAUAUAAUACUAAUAGCCUCUCCAAGGGAGGGUGUCAGCUGCAACUCACGUGUGAUAUUUCCACUACACCAACACCAAACAUAGCUUCACAAACCUUGGGGAUCCUAAAAUGGCAUAAAAGUACUGGUAUCUUAGCUGUGAGAUAUCAUCUUUUUAUCCAGUUUUUAAAGCCAUUUUGUUUGUAGCUACUUCAUAUUUUGUUUAAAGUUUCCUUAAAGCAAGCUUGAUUACACCUCCUUGCUUAAAGCUUGUGAUUUGACAUUCCUAGAAUGUUUUUACAAUAUUGUAAAUGUGAGAAAAGUCUGCUGUAAUGGCAUUAUGGCCCAUUUAAUAAGGUAAGGUGCUAGAUAGACCAAUUUAUUCUCACUUGUUACUUAUAGUAAUAUAUAAAUGUGAUGUUCACAAGGAACCUAAUAUGUUGUUCCAUAUCAUACAAUGUACAUGCAUUGUGUAUAUUGAGCACAAAAUCCAUGAAGAUGUAAAAAGUUUGUUGUGCCUUUGUCUAGUGUACAUUGUUACCAAUGGUACUGUUUUGUUUGAUGUGAAUGUAAGAUGUUGCUCUGCUGUGGUAUUUAAAUACAGCUGCAAAUGAGUGUGGUCCUUCACAUGAACAUGUGACUAAAUGAUGUAAAAUAUUCAAUGACAUUUUCAAGAUGUCAAAGUUUUUUUUUCAUUGAUAUUCAAUAUGACUUUUUUAAAAUUGACAGUGAUUAAAGUUUGCAAGUACCUUUUCCCUUUUAUAUUGUAUGAAAAUUUUCUAUGUACUAUCUGUUUUAAGGACUUUUUGUGUCCUCACACUUACAAACUCUGAUCCUUCUCAAAAUGAAAUAACCAAUUUCUGUAAUGCACGUAUUUGUCAACUACCCCGGUAUCCCUUUCUGCUACAUAUCAAUUUAGUCCAAAUGAGUCAGAUUUUUUUGUUUCAAUCAAACAAUUCAAGUUCAGGUGUCUUUCCAUGUUCAGUGCAUAAUUUUUCUGUAAGUUACAGAUGGCAUAGUUUUCAGUAGCAAAUAUCUUGUUGUUUUUUUCUUUCUAUAGGCAGCUAUAUUAUGAAAGAUGUAUUUUUUCUAAAGGUAGAGACAAUGUAUACUUUGUUUUGGGUUGAAUUUCACUUAUUAUACUUCUACUAGUAUGUGUUCUAGUGAAUAUUUACACAAUUUGGUAUAUUACUUACAAUGUAUUAGCCAGAUGAAUUUGAAAGGUAUUCUUAUCAAAACAUGCUUGUAUAUGAUGCUGUGAAUCAUAUGGGGUUAGCUUAUCAAUGUCAUACAGUGCCAUUUUUUUGUGAAUUCCUCUCCCUCAGACUUUCAGAGGUGAUAUUUCCAUGUGGAGACUGCCUCAAAACUUUUAUCAAGUGGACGUGGAAUCUAUGAUGCUUUUUUCAUUGAUACAACAGAUGACAAAGAACUUGGUGUAACAAAGAUAGCUUGUACUUAAAGGAAAUUAUUUAUGUUACAUUAGGUAUGUUUUAUCUAUGCAUUUACUAGUACUGUUAAGUAGCUUCUGAGUUACCUUUAUGAGAUUGACAAUGGCUGCUGGUAGAUAGUUACAGCUGUAUGGUUGAUCCAUAUAUCAUGGCAUUAUAGUGUGAAGAGUCAGACUGAGACAAUAUUGUGUUACAACUUCUCAUGGCAACUUUGUGGAAAAGACCAACUACUAUGUAGCAGUUAAUGAUACCAUCUUUUCAGUUGAUGUUUU